AUGUUCCUUGUAAUAAUAGACGCGCACUCGAAGUGGCCAGAAGUAAUAGACUUCAAAGAAAACACCAAAUCGUAUCGAGUAAUCGAAGAACUGCAAAACUUAUUUAGCAGAUACGGAUUGCCAAUACACAUAGUGUCGGACAACGGACGACAAUUCACAAGUACAGAAUUUAAGAGUUUCUUGGAACAAAAUAGAAUUAAGCACAGUUUUUCUCCGCCUUAUCAUCCCGCAUCGAACGGUGCAGCCGAAAAUUUUGUGGGUACAUUUAAGAACGCGGUCACGAAAAUUGUAAAAGAGGGAGAAAAGCUGGAGAAUGCGAUUAAUCUUUUCUUGCACGACUACCGUAGCACACCCCACGCGUCGACAGGGAAGAGUCCUAUUCUAUAA